AUGCCGAUGCUUGACCCAUCUGCGAUCGAUGUCGACUUCAGGUCACCGCGAUUUCGCGGUGUGACUGACGAAAUCGGCACCCCAGUCUCGACUCCCGACUUUUCGGCGUAUUGGCUUCGUCGGGGCCAAGGGGAUGCGCCUGGCGAGACAGGGUGGAAGAACAAAACUCUUCUGUGGAUACACGGAGGCGCCUACAUCCACGGUACUCCGUUUUGGAUGUUUUCCACCUUGUUCAGGCUGACUGAGCUGAUGGCCGACAAACAUGUUCGCCUCGACAUCUUGUCCCUUCACUACGAACUUGCACCCGACGCUGUUUUCCCGCAACAGCAAACUGAGGCUGUCGCAGCAUACCGUUAUCUCGUCGAGACACAAAACAUCAGUCCUGAAGAUAUCAUCGUGGGCGGUGAAUCAGCUGGUGCCCAUCUCGCUGUCGCUUGUCUACUUGGCAUCAUCCGCCAGGGUCUGCCUCGACCAGCUGCUUCCAUUCUCCUAUGUCCCUGGAUCAAUCUCACCAACACGGGGGCUUCCUUCGAACGCAACAAGAACCUGGAUGUUACUGAUAAGCCGCGACUGGACAGUGCAGCUGCGUUGGCCAUGGGAAGCAAAGGCGGUGAGCUGGCGAACUUUAGCGCACCUCAACCAAGAAGUUGGAGCUGGGGCGAUGUGCUACCAGCUCGAACUUGGGUAAACGUGGGCUCCUAUGAUCUAUUUGUCGAUGACGUUGUUACCUUUUGCGAAAAUGCAGUGGCAGAAGGAGCCAAUAUCAAGUGGGAGAUCACAGAGGCAAAGACUCACGGAUGGCAGGCCAGGGCUGACUACGAAGGCUCUGGACCAUACUACACGUUGGAAACAGAUGAGGAUGUGCCAGAAGGACUGCUUCCUGGUAGUGUCAACGUCAUGAAGGGUCUGCUUCAAGUGAUUUAG